AUCCUGGCCACGUACCCAUGGACGGGAUAUCGAAAAACAUGGUCGGCCAACAACAAGAAGAACGCUCUUCACGCAACAGUGGCUCCGCUGGAUCGAUAACGACAGAGAAAAUGAAAAUGCUAGACAUCACCCGGGAUAAGCCAAUUAAGGUUGCUGUGAAAGUUGCAGUACCUGUCAGAGACCACCCGAAGUUCAACUUUGUUGGCAAAUUGCUAGGACCAAAAGGAAAUUCAAUGAAACGCUUACAAGAGGAUACAAUGUGUAAAAUGGCAGUGCUCGGGCGUGGUUCAAUGAAGGAUCGAAAAAAAGAGGAAGAAUUACGGGCGAGCGGUGAACCACGAUACGCUCAUUUAUCAGAGGAUCUUCAUGUAGAGAUUUCCACAUUUGCUGCACCAGCAGAAGCACAUGCACGAAUAGCAUACGCCUUAGCCGAAGUACGGAGGUUUCUUGUUCCGGACUAUCACGACGAUAUUCGACAGGAACAAAUGUGGGAGAUGCAAGCACUAAGCUCCUCAUCAUCACAAACGCAAACAGGCGAACAAAACAGUCCAAGUAGUCUUAAUGAGCUCGACACCAACGGCGACAACAAGAAUCACAUCCGCGAAAGUAUGGCCCUAGGGUUGGAUUGUAUAACAAACGAACCAACAACUUCUAUGAAUGGUAUUGGACCAGGCCAGACGACAACCAACAGCAUAACGACAUGUGCAGCAACCAACGAAGCUGCUGAAACCAGCAACCAAACAAAUUAUAACAGCGCUCUACAUGUGGACCUAUCAACAAACUCAAUGCAUCCAACAGCGGUAGCAGCUGCAAUACGCCAUCAGCUAGCCACUGCUGGUAUGGGUAUCAUAAAACCAGCCACAGGGGUUGCAGCUGUAACGGGCCUGACACCUAGUCAAUCUACAUUGGCAAUGCCCAGCGAAGCGGAACCAACGACUCCCACAUUGGCACUGCUUGAACCACCUGGAGCUCUUUUGCACCCCGCUCUACGGGGAGUAAAGGCCGUUAAUAUUGUUCCGCUCAAUUAUUUUCAAUCAGCCGGAAGUCUGGCACGAAAACGACCCCUCCUUGGCGUACCACGCUCAAGUAUGAAUCCAACGAAACGAACUGUGAUGACGCUCCUAGCACGUGCUAAGAACUCACAAGCUAUUCAUGCCGUUCGAAAUUCGGGCGGAGCAACAAUUCCUGAACCACUACAAAUGAUCACAUCGCCCCUUAUCCUGCCCCAGCCCAUGGACGAGAAUAUGAUUGCAACACAGAAGGAGAGCCUAUCGCAGGGGGUUUAAUAUCCAGUCAGCGGUUUUCGAUUUAAGAACAACAUUAAGAGAUAAAUUAGACUUAAAUUCAUAAUUAGUGACAUUGAUUGAAUGAAAAAAAAGAAAAGAUGAAAGAAAAAAUUAUAUAUUUGGUUUAGCACGGGAUGGUAUAGCAUCGGGUGGUGGUUGAGCACGGGCUAAGGAAGGGCACGAAAUCUGCCGGAACCGCCCAUGACACCAGCCAAAUCAACCCUUGCUCCAGAGAUGAUACCGUUCUAGAUAAAACUCCGAAAAAAUCUCAUUCCCCGGAAAAGCAAAGUCAAGUCCUGAAACUUCUUCAAUACCAUUCCGAGCUAAAUCAUUCUAAGUAUUUUAUUAAGCAAAGCUACAAGCAAGAACAAAACAACAAACAAAACACUUAUAUAUAUAUUAAUGGAAUUAUAAUUAGUUUGAUAAAUUUUUAUUACAUGAACGAAUAUUUGAGAAAUAAUAAAAAAUGCCUCUAUUUCUGUUUCGGCCAUCUUUUAAUAAAUAUUUAGCAAAAUAAACAAAAAACAAAACGAAUCUUUAAAUGGCAACAAACAACAUUAAUGAAACUUAAAUUUAAGAAACCUUAAAUAAAAUUUUUAACGUUUAGAGCAGACAUUUAAAAAAUAUUAAAACUGUUCAGAGAUACAAAUUCAAAACAGAAAGUAAAUUAACUAUUAGCGCAAUUACUUAUACGUUGAUAUAAAAAUUAAUUGAAUUGAAAGUUUAAAGAAUGCAAAAAUUUAAUAUAAAUAACAAAUGAAUUUGAACUUACGAGAAAAAACGGCAAAAAAUCAUUGUAAAAACACGUAAAGCCGCAACAUGCAUAAAUGCUACUAAACAAAAAUUAAAUAUGAAAUUAAAACAAAUUAACGUAAAUAUAAAAAUGUUAAAGAGAUAUUCAUGUCGUUAAGAUUUAAAGUAAAUACUAUUUAAAAUGGUUUAAGUUAAAAACGAAAGGAAUUAACAAAGAAGAAGUAAGAAUAAGGCAUGUGAGGGAAUUAAGCACGUACAUAAAUUAAAAAAUGAUUUUUUUGCUGUUUUGCUUUCCUUCCUGGAAAUCCUCUUAAAAAAUUCUUAAAAAAAUUAAAAAUUAAUGCAAACAUAAAGUAAAGAUAUAAUUUGAAUUAACAUAAAUAAAAUCUAUGUAAAACGUUAUAGAAAAAUAAAUACUAAAAUAUAAA